GCUCAAGCUGCCUGCCUCCUUCACGGCACUUGGUCUCCCAGUAGCUGAACUUGAGUGCAUCAUGGCGCGCUCUCCUCUCGUCCUGUGCCUGGUGGCUGCGGCAGUGAUGCUUGUCGCCCCCCGCGCCUUUGUGUCAUCCCCCAAGAGCCAGAAUGCGGCCGCCUUGACUGCGGGCGUGGCUGCGGGAUCCAUGGUCAUGCCGGCAUGGGCCUAUGACCAGCAGAUGAUGGACGCGCAGCUCUUGUUGGCACGUGUGCCGGGUGGAAAGCGAACCAAGGAGCUGGGCCUUGUGGUGCCCAUCCCGGAGGAGGAUGGCUUGACCGAUGGCCAGAUCGCAGCCCUGUUCGUGGUGGCUUUGGUGGUGCUGAUUGCUGCCGUUGACUUGGCCAGGAGCCUGUACUUCGGCCUCCAGCCCAACAAGUUCAAGACGGCCAAGGGCAAGGGCUCCAUCACCCCGUUCAUGAAGCGCCUCAUCGAGAACGGCUUCUGAGAACCAGGAAGCCUGUUGUCUUUUUUGAUCUGCUCAUGCAGCUGUUUCAUCACAAGCACGUGGUCUUGUGAAGGAGCAAGAAGACUUGGCAAAUCUCAUCCCGUCCGAGAACAUUGACCUAGAAGCACCAAGCACAAGUCUCACAGAAGAAGCAAGAAGCUAAUAGAUGUGUUUGUGUGUUGUGUCGCCGGCA